AUGGCAGCCCAGGUGACACUGGAGGAUGCACUGUCCAACGUGGAUCUCCUUGAGGAGCUGCCCCUGCCUGACCAGCAGCCCUGCAUUGAGCCACCACCCUCCUCACUACUCUAUCAGCCAAAUUUCAACACUAACUUUGAAGACAGAAAUGCAUUUGUCACUGGCAUUGCAAGAUACAUCGAGCAGGCCACCGUCCAUUCUAGCAUGAAUGAGAUGCUGGAAGAGGGCCAGGAAUAUGCUGUCAUGCUGUAUACCUGGAGGAGCUGCUCCAGGGCCAUCCCACAGGUGAAGUGCAAUGAGCAGCCUAAUCGAGUGGAGAUUUAUGAGAAGACUGUGGAGGUCCUUGAGCCAGAAGUCACAAAAUUGAUGAAUUUUAUGUAUUUCCAGAGAAAUGCCAUUGAACGCUUCUGUGGGGAGGUGCGGCGCUUAUGCCAUGUGGAGAGGAGGAAGGACUUUGUGUCUGAAGCCUACCUGCUCACUUUGGGCAAGUUCAUCAACAUGUUUGCUGUGCUGGAUGAGCUAAAGAAUAUGAAGUGCAGCGUGAAGAAUGAUCACUCGGCGUAUAAGAGGGCUGCUCAGUUUUUACGGAAAAUGGCAGAUCCACAGUCCAUCCAAGAAUCUCAGAAUCUGUCCAUGUUCCUAGCCAACCACAACAAGAUCACACAGUCUCUGCAGCAGCAGCUUGAAGUUAUCUCUGGCUACGAAGAACUCCUUGCAGACAUCGUCAAUUUGUGUGUGGACUACUAUGAGAAUAAAAUGUACUUGACACCCAGUGAGAAACACAUGCUUCUCAAGGUCAUGGGCUUUGGUCUAUACCUGAUGGAUGGCAGUGUCAGUAAUAUCUAUAAAUUGGAUACCAAAAAGAGAAUCAACUUACCUAAAAUUGACAAGUACUUCAAGCAACUCCAGGUGGUUCCACUGUUUGGGGAUAUGCAGAUAGAACUGGCAAGAUACAUAAAGACCAGUGCCCAUUAUGAGGAAAAUAAAUCUCGAUGGACAUGUACUUCUUCGAGCAGCAGUCCUCAGUACAACAUCUGUGAGCAGAUGAUCCAGAUCCGAGAGGACCACAUGCGCUUCAUCUCAGAGCUGGCACGCUAUAGCAACAGUGAGGUUGUUACAGGAUCUGGCCGGCAGGAGACACAGAAGACAGAUGCUGAGUACCGCAAACUCUUUGACCUGGCUCUGCAGGGCCUUCAGCUCCUGUCGCAGUGGAGCGCACAUGUGAUGGAAGUGUAUUCAUGGAAACUCGUGCACCCAACGGACAAGUACUCUAAUAAGGACUGCCCUGACAAUGCUGAGGAGUAUGAGCGAGCGACACGCUAUAACUACACCAGUGAGGAGAAGUUUGCCUUGGUAGAGGUGAUUGCUAUGAUCAAAGGCUUGCAGGUGCUGAUGGGCAGGAUGGAAAGUGUGUUCAACCACGCUAUCCGGCACACUGUCUAUGCUGCGCUGCAGGACUUCUCACAGGUGACUCUCAGGGAGCCACUCCGGCAGGCCAUCAAAAAGAAGAAGAACGUCAUCCAGAGUGUCCUGCAGGCCAUCAGGAAGACGGUGUGUGACUGGGAGGCUGGUCACGAACCCUUCAAUGACCCAGCUCUGAGGGGAGAGAAGGACCCGAAGAGUGGGUUUGACAUCAAAGUGCCCAGGCGCGCCGUGGGACCCUCCAGCACGCAGCUUUAUAUGGUGAGAACCAUGCUAGAGUCCCUCAUUGCAGACAAAAGUGGUUCCAAGAAAACCUUGAGAAGUAGCCUUGAGGGGCCCACCAUAUUGGACAUAGAAAAAUUUCAUCGAGAGUCAUUCUUCUACACUCACUUGAUAAAUUUCGGUGAGACACUGCAGCAGUGCUGUGACCUCUCACAGCUGUGGUUCAGAGAGUUCUUCUUGGAGCUGACCAUGGGCAGGAGAAUCCAGUUCCCCAUUGAGAUGUCAAUGCCAUGGAUCCUGACAGACCAUAUCCUGGAGACCAAAGAGGCAUCAAUGAUGGAGUAUGUGCUCUAUUCCCUUGACCUGUACAACGACAGCGCGCACUACGCCCUUACCAAGUUCAACAAACAGUUCCUCUAUGACGAGAUUGAGGCUGAGGUGAAUCUAUGUUUUGAUCAAUUUGUUUAUAAGCUAGCAGACCAGAUAUUUGCAUAUUAUAAAGUUAUGGCAGGAAGUUUGCUUCUUGAUAAACGUUUACGAUCAGAAUGCAAGAAUCAAGGAGCAACAAUCCAUCUGCCAACAUCCAACCGUUAUGAGACAUUGCUCAAACAGAGGCAUGUGCAGCUCCUUGGCCGGUCAAUAGACCUCAACCGCCUGAUUACGCAGCGAGUCUCAGCAGCUAUGUAUAAGUCUUUGGAACUGGCAAUUGGCAGAUUUGAAAGUGAAGACCUGACAUCAAUUGUUGAGUUGGAUGGCCUCUUAGAAAUAAACCGCAUGACUCACAAGCUGCUGAGCAAGUACCUGACACUGGACAGCUUUGAUGCCAUGUUCCGUGAAGCCAAUCACAAUGUGUCAGCCCCCUAUGGAAGAAUCACUCUCCAUGUCUUCUGGGAGCUUAACUAUGACUUCCUGCCCAAUUACUGCUAUAACGGCUCCACUAACCGGUUUGUUCGGACAGUAUUACCAUUUUCUCAAGAAUUUCAAAGAGAUAAACAGCCUAAUGCACAACCCCAGUAUUUGCAUGGAUCAAAGGCUUUGAACCUGGCCUAUUCCAGCAUUUAUGGCAGUUACAGAAACUUUGUGGGUCCUUCUCAUUUUAAAGUCAUCUGUCGGCUGCUUGGCUACCAGGGCAUUGCUGUGGUCAUGGAGGAGCUGCUGAAGGUUGUCAAGAGCUUGCUUCAAGGCACAAUCCUGCAGUAUGUGAGGACUCUGAUGGAGGUGAUGCCCAAGAUCUGCCGCCUUCCCCGACACGAGUACGGCUCUCCUGGCAUCCUUGAGUUCUUCCACCACCAGCUGAAGGACAUUGUGGAGUAUGCAGAGCUGAAAACGGUGUGCUUCCAGAACCUGCGGGAAGUGGGCAAUGCUGUCCUUUUCUGCCUGCUCAUUGAGCAGAGCCUGUCUUUAGAAGAAGUAUGUGACCUGUUGCAUGCUGCCCCUUUCCAGAAUAUCUUGCCCAGAGUCCACGUGAAAGAGGGAGAGAGACUGGAUGCGAAAAUGAAGAGACUUGAAUCAAAGUAUGCUCCACUGCACCUUGUUCCUCUGAUUGAGAGACUGGGGACCCCUCAGCAAAUUGCAAUAGCAAGAGAAGGGGACUUGCUGACAAAAGAGCGCCUCUGCUGUGGCUUGUCUAUGUUUGAAGUCAUCCUGACACGGGUUCGGACCUUUCUGGAUGACCCCAUCUGGCGUGGGCCUCUUCCUAGCAAUGGAGUCAUGCAUGUAGAUGAGUGUGUUGAGUUUCAUAGGCUUUGGAGUGCCAUGCAGUUUGUCUACUGCAUUCCUGUGGGAACACAUGAGUUUACGGUUGAGCAGUGUUUUGGUGAUGGGCUCCACUGGGCUGGCUGUAUGAUCAUUGUACUUCUUGGACAACAGAGACGCUUUGCUGUACUGGAUUUCUGCUACCAUCUACUUAAAGUCCAGAAACAUGAUGGCAAAGAUGAGAUUAUUAAAAACGUGCCUUUGAAGAAGAUGGUGGAAAGAAUUCGCAAGUUCCAGAUUCUAAAUGAUGAAAUUAUCAGUAUCUUGGACAAGUACCUCAAGUCAGGAGAUGGGGAAAACACACCUGUGGAGCACGUGCGCUGCUUCCAGCCCCCCAUCCACCAGUCUUUGGCCAGCAGCUGA